AUGGCAUCCCAACUCCCAGCUGGUGGCCCACCACCAAACGCAACCGUGUACGUCCGCAAUCUCGAAGAGCGUAUCAAGCCCGGCGAGCUCAUUGAUGCUUUGAAAGAGCUUUUCUCUGAGUACGGCGAAAUUAUCGAUGUAGUCGCGAAGACGAACUUGAAGGCGAAGGGCCAGGCAUUCGUAGUUUUCGAUAAUGUCGAGAGCGCGCAGAAGUGUAUUGAGGAUGUCCAGGGUUUUGACCUCUUUGGCAAGCCGAUGCAGCUGGCGUUCGCGAAGACGAGGAGUGAUGCUUUUGUGAAGCGCACUGCAGGUGAUGAGGAGCUGGAGAGCCAUAAGAGGAGAAGACUUGCGGAGAAGGACAAGAAGAAGGCCGCCGAGCAAGCAGAGGAGCAGAAGAGACUCAAGCACACUGCCCCCGCAGGUAUGGCUCCAGAUGCUGGCGCAAGACCUAUCAAAGCUACUCGUGGCGCUGGUCUCAAGUCCACGAAUGCUGGUGCAGCAGCCGUCAUCCCCGACGAGUACCUACCUCCCAACAAGAUUCUCUUCUUGCAGAACCUUCCCGAGGAUUACGAUAUCGAUGCUCUGACUUCUAUAUUUGGUCGCUUUGAGGGCUUCAGAGAAGUAAGAUUGGUACCAGGUCGUAGGGGAAUUGCUUUCGUGGAGUACGAUGGUGAGGCGGGCGCCAUUAGCGCGAAAGAGAAUACGGCAGGUAUGGCAUUGGGUGACGGACAGGUCAUGAAGGUCACAUAUCAAAGACAAUAG